CAGAGCGGCGGCGGGCAGCGAUGGCCGGCGGGGACGGCGAGCGGGGCGGCGAGCAGCGCGGCGCGCCCGGCGGCCCCGCGCGGGUGGCGCUGAAGAAGGAGAUCGGGCUGGUCAGCGCCUGUGCCAUCAUCAUCGGUAACAUUAUUGGUUCUGGAAUCUUUAUUUCACCAAAAGGAGUUUUGGAGCACACUGGCUCGGUGGGACUUGCGCUCAUUAUUUGGGUGCUUGGAGGAGGGAUCGCUGCUCUUGGAUCGUUAUGUUAUGCUGAACUGGGAGUAACUAUCCCUAAAUCAGGAGGGGAUUAUUCCUAUGUCACAGAGAUUUUCGGUGGCUUAGCUGGGUUUUUGCUGCUCUGGAGCGCGGUGCUGAUCAUGUACCCCACCAGCCUGGCCGUCAUUGCGUUGACUUUUUCAAACUACGUCCUGCAGCCCGUGUUCCCGAACUGCAUCCCGCCCUACAACGCCUCCAGGAUCCUCUCCAUGGUGUGUUUAUUACUCCUGACCUGGGUGAACGGCUCCAGCGUGCGGUGGGCAACUCGCAUUCAGGACAUAUUCACCGCGGGAAAGCUGCUAGCCCUGGCCCUUAUCAUCACUGUGGGCUUCAUACAGAUCUUUAAAGGAAACUACGAAGAACUGGCACCAAGCAACGCAUUCAAUUUUUGGAUGACUCCGUCCGUGGGGCAUUUAGCCUUAGCUUUCCUCCAAGGCUCCUUCGCGUUCAGCGGCUGGAACUUCUUGAACUACGUGACAGAGGAAUUAGUUGAUCCCCGCAGGAACCUACCUCGUGCCAUAUUCAUAUCCAUCCCAUUGGUGACAUUUGUGUAUACGUUCACCAACAUUGCAUAUUUCACUGCCAUGUCACCCCAAGAGCUCUUGUCCUCCAACGCUGUGGCGGUAACAUUUGGUGAAAAGUUACUGGGCUAUUUUUCCUGGGUUAUGCCAGUCUCAGUGGCCCUAUCUACAUUUGGAGGAAUAAAUGGAUACCUUUUUACCUCAUCAAGGCUGUGUUUCUCCGGCGCCCGCGAAGGCCACCUGCCCAGCCUGCUCGCCAUGAUCCACGUGGAGCACUGCACGCCCAUCCCGGCCCUGCUCGUCUGCUGUUUGGCCACUCUUAUCAUCAUGCUUGUUGGAGACACGUACACACUCAUUAAUUAUGUGUCGUUCAUUAACUACCUCUGCUACGGAGUGACAAUUAUAGGCCUGAUCGUGUUACGCUGGAAGAAACCCAAGAUCUUCAGACCUAUCAAGGUGAACCUCCUCGUCCCGGCCACUUACCUGGUGUUUUGGGCAUUUCUGUUGAUCUUCAGCUUAUACUCGGAGCCCGUCGUCUGUGGCGUUGGACUCAUUAUCAUUUUAACUGGAGUGCCAGUGUUUUUUCUCGGCGUCUACUGGAGAAACAAACCAAAGUGUGUAAAUAGGCUAAUAGAGUCCAUGACGUGCUGGGGACAGAAGCUGUGUUUUGUGGUCUACCCUCAGGGGGGAGUCGCGGAAGAGGACGACCUGCCUCCCGCCCGCUCGGGGCAGCCGCGGAGCGAGACGGCCGCGAGGAAGUAACGGAGCAUCUCCGAGGCUCGAGCUGCUUCUUGUUUACAUGCUGAUUUUUGCAAAAAAGUUUUUCUGGAAAAAAAAAUGUUUUUAGAGAUCCAAUAGUGAAGCCCAUAAAAUGAGCUACAUCCUUUAUGGCAUCUGUAGCUUUUAGUUUUUCCCUAAAAAAAGAAAAAAAAAGAAAAAAAAGAAAAAUAAAAUAUAAAAUAAGGCGCUGGUUGUUUUUUUCUGACAGCGUACUUGCUCAGCAGGGAAAAGCAGCACAGAGUCAGCCGUGAAAUACUGACCUAGCUGCCAGCAGGGUCUGUCAGAGACGCACAAACCCGGGCAUUGCAUUUCCAAACUAGGGCAGCCUCCCGUCGGGAGAUCCCAGCGGAGAAGCGCAGCGGAAGAGGAGGCGCUGGGCGCCGUGCCAGCACGACGGCUCCCGGCGCUGCCCCUGGCGGGCCGAACCCCAGCCAGCACGUGCGGUUUCAGAGGUACGGUCUGAGCGAGCACGUCUCCACAUAUUUCAAAGAGCAAAAUCACAGCUAGUCUAAGCACCUGCGACCUGAGUUGCUGAAGCAGGUGCCCCGCUGAACGGGGGGUAAGAAAGACAUACAGCAUCACCGCUCCGAUUGUGCAGCACCACUCGGUGACAUAACCAAAAAAAAUACGAAGUAGUGACAAAAAGUCUCAAAAAAACUCAUUUUCAAAAUUUUUUUGCAGCCAAGGAGCUGGGUUUCUGUAUCAAGAAUUUAGAACCACCUCGCUGCAAUAAGGAGACCCACUGCUACGAACCGAUGCUCAGGACAACGCUGUUGUCCACAGGGCGAAGGAAAGAAAUGUCCAGGGUUUUGUAACAGGUACAGCGGUGGGAACUGGAAGGAAAAAAGGAACAAAGCCUGGCAUAUUUCUCUUUUUUUACUAAUGCGUCAGGUGAUGCUUCACAUUUCUUUGAAGACAAAUCCCACAUUUCAAGUAUGUUCAGUGCAGUAGCAAGCCUAAAUCAUUCUCACAUCAGAUGCUCUUUAGAAGGUGUUUUGCAUAUUUUAUCUGUGGCAAACUGAUAAAAAAAAAUCUAGUUCAUUAGUUAGUUAAUUCAUAGAGAUCUGCUGUUGUAGCCAUGUGGCCAUUUUCAUACCAAAGAAUCUUUUGAAAAUACAAAAUCAUAGACUAGCUCUAGGCAAUAUUUUGAAUAACUACUCUUCUGCUGCAACUUUUGAAAAUACAGACUAUCAAAUUCAGUAGCCUUGG